AUGUCUAAACUCGUCGACGAUGUCAAGUCUGGCCUCAAAGGCAUUCGUGGAGCUGGCGACGCCCUCCGAGGCGAAGUCCUCAACGCCACUGACCAAGCCUUUGACACGGAUCCCAACCACCCCAAGACACUCAACAAAGAGGCCGAUAGCAAGGUUAUCGCCGAAAAGGGAAAGCAAGAUAUGAGAGGCGCUGAUAACAUGAUUGCGCGUCGUGAGUGGGAGCACAAGGGCGUCGAACCUCCCGCCCAUGUUGGGCACAGAGAGCAUGAGAGGCCGAAUGAUGGUCUUAACAGAGAACCUGUAAGGGAAGCUGGGGCGCAUGUUCCUGGUGAGCAAAGGUUGGCGUGA